GGGGGGUGGGAGCUCGCACGGUUUUGAUGCGGCACCAAUCCUUUCAGUAGGGAGAAAACUGGCAGUUUUGAGGGUGUCAGAUACCAGAGGGAUGGGACAGUCCCAGUAAAAAACUGGUUGUACCCAAUGUAGCCUCCCAAGUGCAGAGUUCCAAGUGCGGCAUCCUCCCUGCUUCAACACGUGCACGAUCACCCCUACUGUCCUCUUGCAGCACCAAAGUGGUCACUGGUCAAGUCCAAGGUCAAGGGCCAAGACUGCAAAGAGCAUAGAUAUGCAGUGGAGUAAUGCAUUAUGAUGCUGCUGGCAGCUGUUGGUGUGGUUGCAUCCCUGAUGCUUAAACAUCUGUGGAACUUGAGAAUUCUCUCAAAAAGAAGAUGGCAACCCACACGAAUGAAAAUAUUAGGGCCCUCUCCAAUUCUGCCCGAAAAGCAGGCCAAGCAGCUUCUGAGAUCCCGGCGCCAGGACCGGCCAAGCAAACCCGGGUUCCCGGAUGAGCCCAUGCGGGAGUACAUGUACCACCUGCUCCGCCUGGAGCAGCGAGCCGAAGAACAAUUCCUGGAGCAUUGGCUGAACCCCCACUGCAAGCCCCACUGCAACCGGAAUGUGGUCCAUCCUGUGUAAGGGGCUGGGACCCACCCUCAGCCAUUUUGAUAAGCGAUGGCCGGGAUAAUGUUGGAACAAGAUGUGGCUGCAUCUCUGGUGUGUCUUUCACUCACAGAAAUUGGCGUCUCCAGACCCUGUGAAUGGAGGGCUUGGCAAAGGUAGCCCUGGGGUCUGAUGGCAAAUGUAUCUGCUGCUUCACUUUCCUAAUCUUUAUAACCCAUUCAAACCAAUAGCUUAAAAUAUCAAUCCCCAGUGGUGGUGCAGCGGUUGAGCACUGGGUUGCGAAGCUGCCCGCAGCCUCUGCAGCGCUGGUUCAAUCCCCGGCCACCGGCGAGGGUGCCACAUGGCGCGCAGACCUCUCCUGCCGCCCACUGCACCCCUCAGCAGUGUACUUCGGUCCUUCUGCCUGUUCUGCUCUCCGCUCUGGCUCUGGUGAAUUCUCUCACCCUCCCGUGCUUCUGACUGUACCCAGUGCUUGUAUAAAUAAAUAAUAAAUAUUAAAAAAAAAAUCAAUCUCCGGGCAGGAGAAUCGAACCUGGGCCCAUGGAGUGGGACCUGCCGGACAGGAGUGGGGCCAGGCUGCCUGCCCAAAGGACAGAGAAGCAUGCUUGUUGGGGCUGGAGUUACAGGGUCAGUUAUUUACUCCCCCACCCUGACUUUUUCUGCUCUAAUAAACACCACUGUUA